GCGCUGAGACAUCAGCAAAACUGCGAAUUGCGUAAAUCAAUUGCCGAGGAUAAAACUAAAUGCAGAGUAGAGAGCAUUGUAGGAAGAAAGAAAAAAACAAACUCACAUAGUGGAUUAGUAUUAACUUCGGAAUCGUUCAUUUCAAUUUGAAUAUCAGCAUUGCAUUUAUUUGAUUCUUUUCACAAUUAAGAAAGAAGUAGAGACAGAGAAAAAAUAGAGAAAUAAUAAAGACAAGUGGCAGCUGAUGCUGUGAUUGUGUUUGUGCUCUUGUUGUAGUGAAAAUUAUUGGAUGUAUUUAACUGGCUGCCGUCGGCAUUGAGACACACAUUAGAGAAUAUUAUUUUUAUUUAUGUCAUCAUUGAAAUACCUACUCGUUGACACUAUACAGAUAUCAACACCAUAUAGUGGCUAGAGAAGUGUAAGCAUCGACUGACUGUAAAGUACAGCUGUAGCAGUGGUCACACAAUAAAAAACCUCAUGCAAAAGAAAGAGACCAAUAACAGAGUUUGCUUAAAAGUCAGCGCAAAUCAUCAGACACACAGCAAUCACCAUAGAAAAAGUGCGACAAAACAAUAAAUUACGAAUCGAAGCGCAUAGUUUAUAACUUUUCGUAAAAGGCGACGACGACAAUAAUAGUGUUGUGGUGAUUUAAUGUCAAGAUUUCGUUCCCCGAAUCAAAGUCGAUAAGUAUUUUUUUUUCGUAUGUGGUUUUGACAAGAAGCUGAACACAAAAAAAUUUAGUGCUUAGCUCAACAUAUUCAUGUGUCAAAAGUAAGAAAUAGAGAAAAAAAAACUGAUGUUCGACAACGACAACAUUGAAAUACGAUGAAAUGUGUUUACGUGUAGAGUGCUGCAGUGACCAUUACAUGUGCAACCAAAUUCAUUUUUUGUCGUUUUUUCUUUAAUUUUUGAUUUUUUCCAUUAUUUUUUCUUCGUUCGUUCUACAUUUGCAUAUUUUAUUUCGUUUAUAAGUUCGGUUGGUCGUAGUCGUUUGCGUGACUUAGCGACGUAAAUAAAUUUGUGUGUGUUUUUUUUCGCUUCGCUGUGGCAAAUAAAGAAAAAAACGAGAGAAGCAAAAAAAAAACAAAAUUAAAACACAUUGAAAAAGAUUAGAAAAAAUUGAUCAACAAAAAAAAAAUGGUGCUGUUAGAAGGACCUUUGAGCAAGUGGACGAAUGUAAUGAAAGGAUGGCAAUUCCGAUGGUUUGUUCUGGAAGAAAACUCCGGUUUGCUGUCGUAUUACACGUCAAAGGAAAAAAUGAUGAAAGGUGUACGUCGCGGUUGUGUGCGAUUGAAAGGAGCUGUUAUCGGUAUUGACGAUCAAGAUUGCAACACAUUCACCAUUACCGUUGACCAUAAAACAUUCCACUUCCAAGCGAAAGACGGUGAAGAACGUGAAAAAUGGGUACGACGUCUCGAGGAUACAAUAUUACGGCAUGCAAACCGGAGCCGCGGAAUUUGGUCAUCGGAUCAAAGUGGUUCAACAUAUGGUGGAUUCGGAUCGUCUGCUGAUUCAACGAAACGACCGAAUUAUUUGCAAACGCUUGACAAGCGAAUCAGUGAAGCCGAUGCAUAUCUGCAACUAAUGAUCGAUCAAACCACAAAAAUUGAGAAUAAACUGAAAGCAGCGGCCACAUCCGCUGCCGCCGCCGCUGUUGCUACUGUUGCAGCACCACAACCAGUCAGUGAGUCGGCCGAGUGUGGUGAUGUCGAAGCAAAGAGUGUCGAUACCACUAAAGAAAGCAAUACUACCAAGGAGACAAAGGAUCCAAACAAGGUGCUACAGGAAAAUGCGCAUUCAAUGCUCGAAAGUUUCAAACAUUCAAUAGUUUUGUUGCAAAUCGCAAAGAAUACGGCUCAUCCGGUGAACGGUAUGUAUCAAGGACCGCCGUUGUUGGCAAGUUCAAAUGCCCAGAAAGUGCUCAGCAGUGUAACGCCAGACAGUGCAGAUGUGCACGAUAUUGUCGGUCCGUCAUCGUUGCCAAGCGGUUUAGUUGAGUUUGGAUCCGAGUGUUUAGAAAAGAAAUUAGCGAAUGCGAAACUUGCAGGUAUUGACGUAUCACCGUCAUCAAUCACAUUGGCCGUGCCCGAAACCAGCUACUCAAGCUCAGAGGGUGAAGACGAUUUCUACGAUGCAAACGAUAAUCCAUAUUCGAGUUCGAUAAGCCUAAAAGAUGCCGAAGACAUAAAUGAACAAUCCGAUGAUAUGAAAAGCAUUAAAACAUUGAACGACACAAAUAGUCCACGUGAUUCCCUAACCACACCGUUUCGUGUUGAUGGAAGCCUCGAUUAUGAUGCUCUUUACGAAGAUGAUGCUGAAAAUGAUAUUUCAAUGGAAUCGCACGGUAGCGUUGUUUCGCAUUUGUUGUCCCAGGUGAAAAUCGGCAUGGAUCUAACAAAAGUAGUUCUUCCAACAUUCAUUCUUGAACGACGUUCAUUGCUUGAAAUGUAUGCUGAUUAUUUUGCGCAUCCGGAUUUAUUCUUGAAAAUUGCCGAUUUUAAAGAUCCACGCGAACGAAUGGUACAGGUGGUGAAAUGGUACAUGAGCUCGUAUCAUGCUGGCCGAAAGAGUGCCGUCGCUAAAAAGCCAUACAAUCCAAUUUUGGGUGAAGUAUUCCGAUGCCACUGGGACUUGCCCGGAUUCGAGAAAGAUUCGGCUACCGUUUCAGAUGGACCGGUUCCAUGGUGUCGACGUGAUCAAUUAACAUUUGUUGCCGAACAAGUAUGCCAUCAUCCACCAAUUUCUGCCUUUUAUGCUGAGCAUUACAACAAGAAAAUCAGUUUCACGGCUUAUGUGUGGACGAAAUCGAAAUUCUUGGGCCUCUCCAUUGGUGUGCAUAACAUUGGCCAGGGUAUUGUAACACUUAGCGAAUACAACGAAGAAUACAUAGUCACUUUCCCGAAUGGAUAUGGACGGUCUAUCCUAACGGUACCAUGGAUCGAGCUUGGUGGUAGUGUACAAAUUACAUGCCCGCAAACCGGCUACCGUGCCGAUAUUGAGUUUUUGACGAAACCCUUCUAUGGCGGUAAGCGAAAUCGUAUCACGGCCGAGGUGUAUGCACCAAAUGAGAAAAAGUCAUUUUUGAGUAUCAACGGUGAAUGGAGUGGUGCGAUGGAGGCUAAAUGGAAUGAUAGCCAUAAGAAACCCGAAGUAUUCGUAGAUGUAAAUAAGAUACCGAUUUUCAAGAAAAAUGUUCAACCAAUUAGCGAACAAGUAGAAAACGAAUCACGUCGCAUUUGGGUCGAUGUAACAGCCGGUCUGCGUUUCAACGAUAUCGAAAAAGCAACAACCGCCAAAGCCAAAGUGGAGCAAAAACAACGUGACGAGGCGAAGCAGCGCAAGGAGAGCGGCUCCGAUUGGGAAACGAAAUACUUCAAACCCGUUGGCGACGUUUGGAUCUACACGAAUCCACUGUCACAACGACUUUAUUUACAGGAUAAACAAAACAAACAGCAGCAGCAACAGCAACUACAACAACAGCAGCAGCAGCAGCAGCAGCAGCAACAGCAACAGCAACAACAGUAAUAAGUUUGUUCGUCACAUAAUAUGUUUGAGCAGCUCAAAAGACGCACUGCUAGGAAUGCAACAGGAUGGUGGUUAAUAAAUGUUAAGAAGUGAAAAAAGAGAAUUAAAUUGAAUAUCAAAGAAUAAGAAACCUUAGAGUCACUAAAGACAAAACAGACAGUAAGCAAAAAAAGGUAUAAAAAAAUGAGUAAAAGUUUAAGCUAAGCUUAUUAACACAUAUAAUAAGCAUCAUCGAAUGGAGUUUUACCAAUAUUACACUAUCCUAACAAAAAUCAAACGUUUCUUGUUUUAUACCUCUUUAAAAUGUAAGAACGCUCUCGAGCUAAACAGACGAAUGCAUUACAUACAAAAACACAAAAAAGAAACGUUGUGGGUUCUCACAUUCAAUACCGAUUAUCGAUAUAUAAUUUUUUCUUCAGAAUGCACACAUCAUAAAUAAAAUCAAAAAGCAGCAGCAGCAGCAGCAGCAACAACGGCCAGAGUAGAUGAGCAUCCGAGAUCCGAUGAUUAAAGUAUAUAUCCAACACAUCGAAUAUAUUAUACAUUGAACGUUGCUAAUGAAUACAAUUCUAAAAACAAAUAUUUUCUAAAUCUUCUGCAAAAUCUUUCGUUUUCAUUCAUUUUGAUUUAAAAUUUAACAUUUUCAAUGAAAAAAACAAUAUAAGAACAACAACAGAUCAAUUAAUGUAACAACAGCAAUGAAACAUUUUUGCUAUCUUACUUUUAUUUUCAUUUGUUCAAUUAUAUUUCUCCACGCGUAUUUUGCAUAGCUCACUUUUUUUUACAACAAUGGACACAACUAACAACAGAAAUAAUACUUUUUAAAACAGUCAACGAAAUCACAACACAAACACAAAAAAUCAACAGCACAUAAGCAAUGACUAACACAAAACUCACAUACCUACUUAAAUAGUAAAACUCCUAAUGAGCUAUCCAAUCGAAGAGUAAACAACUAUUACAACUCCUUUUAUAUAGCAUUGUGAACAAUUUCAAAUCCUUAUGAUGUGCGGCAUUUUUACAAAAUAAUUAAACAUGCAACGGUUCGGGUUAUACGAUUCAUUCAAUUCAAAAAAUUUAGCAUUUAAUAUAAAUCGAAUUGGUUGUUUUUUUAUUUUUUUUUCUGUUACUUUCUAUAUAGCCUUAUAUCUGGUAAUAAGAGUUAUUUUUUUCUCGUCAUUUCUUGGGUUUUCAAUCAAUUUUGUGCAAUACACAUUUGUUUAUUGUUCCUGUAGUUACUUCAUGAAUUUUCCUGUUAACAUCUUCAACGAGUUGAGCUUGACUGUUUUGAGAGAAAACGGUCUUUGACUCAGUAGUUUUUCAGCUCGAUGCCAAUAGAAUUUCCCCGAUGUUAAAAGUAGAAACGGUGUAAAGAACAAAAAAAAAACAAAAUUAAUCGCCCCAAUAAUGAACGUUAAAUUGUAUUCGAUCCCGUAUUGGAAUUUCUUGUAUGCAACACAAAUUAUGUAUUCUAUCACAAAUUUAAAAAAAAUAAAAAAAAAUUUAAAAAUCAA